AUGUGUGUUUGUAUUUUCCUCUCCGCAGACAGUGUGGGUGUUGUAGAUCUGCGACUGGUCCUGCUGGGUCGGACCGGUUCGGGUAAAAGCUCCACAGGAAACACUAUUCUGGGAACUUCAGCUUUUCAGACCGGCGUCUCUCCGCUAUCAGUUACGCAAGAGUGCGCUCAGGCCUGCGGUGUGGUGGAGGGGCGGAGUCUGCAGGUGAUCGACACGCCCGGUUUCUUCCACUCCUGCAUGUCCGGCUCGGAGGUGUGCUCGGAGGUGGCGCAGGCCAUGGUGGACCUGUCGGCCCCGGGACCUCACGCGCUGCUGUUCAUUUUGGAGGUGGGGAGGUUAACCCCGGAGCAGCGAGCCACCGUUAACUGGAUCGCCGGCGUGUUGGGAUCCGACGCUUUAAAACACACCGUGCUCGUCCUCACGCAUGUCGAGAGACUGCAUGACCAACCGGUGGAAAGCUUCCUGCGCGCCAGCAAGGAACUCUGGGAGUUCGUUCGGAAGUGUGAGGGCGGGGUUCACGCCAUGGACAAUACGAAACUUGACGAUCGGACCCAAGUGACGGAGCUGAUGAAGAAGAUCGAGGCGAUGGUGGAGAGGAACGGAGGAGGCUGGUACCCCUGCGAGAGAAAAAUUCUGGCCGAAAAGCACGAGGGGAAACAGAGCGAGGGCGACGAGGAUGAAAAAGAGAAGAGGAAGAGGGCGGAGCAAGAGUUCUGGUGCGAGUUGGUGACCGCCAUGGGCAAGGGGGCGCUAGACAGCUCUGGCAUAAUGGAUAAAGGCAAGGGAAAGGGCAAGAAGAGUAAGAUAGCGCACAGAAUGGCAGCUUUAGCAUCCACGCCGCUAACGGUCACGUCGGCUGCUAAAAUAGUGGGCGGGGCCAUGAAGGAAGGGAGCAAAGUGCUAAGCAAGCAUAGGAAAUCACUACAGCAUUAAGUCUGUGCUUUAACAACCCAGUUAAAGUCUUUGUGAGAUCACACAGUACGAGCAUUUAUACUGUUGUACAUAUUCUGGACUCUAGGGGGAGCUAGACUCACCUUUAUAUCAGUCCUGAAGCUUUGAUGAAGCGUAACAUAAAUGGACGCUAUUCCAAAAAGGUGGUGCAGCAGGUAUUGGUGGUACUGCACAGCUCCAGGGUCCUGGGGACCUUGAUUUAAACCCUGCAUCCAGAUACAGCCUGUCUCAGGAUUGGCCCUUUCACUCUGAGUCCAUGUGGGUACUUGGAUUUCCUUUCACCUCUCAGAAACAUGCCAAUAUGUAGAUUGGAUACUUAAAGUUACCCCUUGGUGUGAAUAAGUGUCUGAUGCUCUAGCAUGAACUAGUGUCUCGUCACUUGUGAGUGUGAGUGUCCGGCCUUGUGUCCUGUGUUUCCAAAACAGGCUUCAUACUCACUUAA